CAUUUUAAAGAAUUCCUCAGCACAUCUUUGAUGUCAAAUGUAGGAAAUUCGUUUAAAAGACGUCGUUUUGGCAUCUUCUCCUGGCAGACAGUAGGCAUUGCUCUACGAAAUUCAUAUAAGAUAGCUUUGGAAGUUGAUGCAUUUGCAAGGAUGCACAAACUAAAACUUUUGCAACUCAAAAAUUUACAAGUCAAUGGAAGCUUUGAAAAUUUUCCGAAAGGAUUACGAUGGUUGUGUUGGCAUGGAUUCUCUUUCAACUCUAUAUGUGAUGAUUUCCCUUUGGAUAACUUGGUUGUUCUGGAGAUGCCGUAUAGCAACUUGCAAAAGGUUUGGGAAGGAACCAAGUUUCUCGAGUCAUUAAAAAUCCUUGAUCUUAGUUAUUCCCAUUGCCUUUCCGAAACUCCUGAUUUCUUGGAAGUACCCAAUCUUGAGCGACUAAUACUUGAAAAUUGUGCAAGGCUGGUAGAGGUUCAUGAAUCUAUUGGACACCUUCAGAGACUUGUUUUAUUAAAUUUGAAAAAUUGCAAAAAUCUAAGGAAGCUUCCAAGAAUCAUUGUUAUGCUAAAAUUUUUGGAAACUCUUGACAUCUCAGGUUGCUCAAAUAUUAAGGAAUUGCCAAUAGAGAUAGGGACUAUGGAUUCUUUAACAAAGUUUAAUGCAAAUGGAACUGUCGUAAGUCCAUUACUCUCUACCACUAAGGAGGUCAAACCAUGGUAUUCAUUCAUCUGGUCUUCUCUAUUGAAACCAAGAAAAAGUGUAGAAAUUUCAUGGGCUCUUUUACCACGGUAUUUGGUACACUUAAGUCUUAUGGAUUGCAAUUUAUCAGAGGAUGCUUUUCCAAAGGAUCUUAGCAACCUAUCCUCAUUGCAGAUAUUAAAUCUGAGCAAUAAUCCAAUUUGUAGCCUCCCAAAUAGCAUUGGAGGUGUUACAGGGCUUCAGAUCCUUGAAUUAGAAGAGUGUAAAAGGCUUCAAUCACUUAUAGUGGAGCAGAAUUUGAAAGUAUUGUCAGUCAUUGAAUGUACAUUGUUGGAGAAAGUAACAUUUCAAUCAUUUUCAUCAUCAACCAUAGAAUUCGAGAACCUUCGUGAUGCAUAUAUAAAGUUGCAGAAUUUGGAAGAGUUUUACAACUCAAAAUGUAUAGCUUAUUCAGCUCCAUUAACCAUGCAAUAUAAUGACUCAUGGGAGAAUCAAUUUGUUAUGAUGGAGCAUUGCAGACCAUUAGUAUUCUAUAAUAUGUGCGACAAUAUAGUUGAGGUCGUGGGCGCAUUUAAGUUAGAACCCAUAGGGAAUAUUGAUGUGGAGAUGAUGAAUAAUUUGGGCUUGCCCAACUUUGGAUCCAUGGGAAGCCCAACUGUUACGCUUUCAAAGAUGUACUUAGAGAAUCAAAAGAAGCUUCCCCUACAGGGAUGUCAUGAAGAACACAUGUUUUACGCUUAUCUUCCGGAAAGCAAGAUUCCAACUUGGUUUAAUAUUAAAAAUAUAGGAUCUUCAAUAUCUUUUAAAGUGCCAUCGCAUUUCAGAAUUCAAGCCUUGAGUGUGUGUUCUAUUUAUGCACUUUCCAAUAAUUCAGAAUAUCUUGACGAUGAUUGUGACACACAUACUAUUAUCAAUAAUACAACCAAGAGUCUGAUUUGGAGCCAUUCCCCAAAAGUCAUUGGCAUUCCAGAAGCUGAUGAGGAUAUGAUGUGGUUAAGUUAUUGGAAGUUUGAAAAUCAGUUGAAAGGUGGGGAUGAACUGAAUAUUUCAGUGGUUGGAAAUGAAGAUUUUCAAGUGAAGGAGGUUGGAGUCCAUCUUGUGUACAAGGAGCAAGAAGAGAAGAGUAGCCAAUCAACUAGUGGAGCAGCAUCCCAAUUACAAUUCUCUCUCUAUGGAAAUGUCGUUCUUGGAAAUGCUUCUACAGUACAUUCGAUGAGCAAAAAAGUCUUCUGCCUCGGAUGUCAUUGGCCACAUUGUUGGAUUUGUGACAAUCUAUAACCUUAACCUUUGUGCACUAACUCGGCAAUUGGUUGCUUCGGGACUAGUGAGAGAUUGGGUUGGCAAUAAUUCUUGCUCUUUCUCCUUAUAAUUAUGUUAUGUUGUGUGAUGAUAAUAUGUUAUAUGCUGGAUAUUCUUCAUGAUGCUAAGGAUUUUGAAUAAUUACUAUGAAUUUUAGUUCUUUUCUCUGCUUUUGUUGAAG